AUGCAACGAUACAAGGAGGGCAGAUCCGGCGCUUACACCGAAACUUAUCAUAAGCUGCUGGGAAAGUCUCCAUGGAUUGUCAUCCGCAACAUUGAGCACCCUGGUGGCCCAAACAAAAGGAAUAGGGAGAAGGUCGCUGCUGGCGGUAACGAUCUUAACGCUAAUGACGAUGAGUGUUGCUCCACAUCACUCUCCGAGGGGGAUAUAGCAACUGUUUUCUCGCAGUUUGGUGAGGUGAUUGAUGUGAGGCUUGUGCGUCACCAGCGCACAGGCCGGUUCCUUGGCACUGCCUUUGUUAAGUUUGAAGACUACCGAAGUGCCAUUUUAGCUGCGGAUGAGAUGAACUCCAACCAUGAAAAGGGUAAGGAAGUUUCACUAACCACAACCGGGAGGGCACCAUCGCAGCGGGGGAUUGAGGUGGCCCGAUGCGAGGAAGUUGAAGUUUGUGCGCUUCCUAGUGGCGCCGAGUCGUAUGCGGAGUGGUUGAGUCGGGUUGUGUUGGAAGCGAGGUGA